CGUUAUCCCUAACGAUCUUUCAGUCAACAAAUCUCGCGCCCGCAAACCUUCUUCCGUCCCAAAAAGUACCCACGAUCGAGAUCUCUUAGUUUCCCGCCUUUUGGAGAAUUUCGUCGAGAUGCCCAUCUGUUCCUAUUGCAAGGGGCGUGGCCUCGGAUCCUGCAAGGUGUCUCCCGGAGACUCUUCCCGUUGCAUCGAAUGUGUUCGCCUGGGUCGCUCCAAGUGCGAUGUUAUGGAUCUCUCCCCUGAGGAGCUUCGCAAUAUCGCUACCCAACAUCGAAAGUUGGAGGAUGAGAUUGAGAAGAGGGAGACCGAGCUUCUCCGUUUGCGUCAACAGAAGCGGAUGUGGUCCGAGAAGAUGAAACGUGCCCUGCGUCGUGGUAUUACUCGCGUGGAGGAAUUGGAUCGUGUGGAGGCUGAGGAGGCUGAGGCUGAGAGGGUGCGUGUUGCUGCUGAAGUGCAGGCUGUAGUGGCUGAGGAAUCUGCUGUUGUGGUUGGGGAUCCUUCUUUUGAGAGUUUCGAUUGGAAUUCCGUGGACGUGGGGAAUUCAGUGGUGGAUUGGUCGGGUUUCCUGGAGAGUGAGAUCUCUGAGGUCCCUGGGUCUCGGUCCGGGGCGGAGCGAUCGUCCUAGGUGCUGGUUUCUUUCCUUUUUCAAUACUCAGCUACUUUUUCCUGAGC